CAACCGGCCGGCCAAGACGCUUAGAACCCAAUCUCCAGCGUGUGGCCUGUGGGGGAUCGGGAAGCUGAUCCACAAGCAGGGGUGUGUGUAUGCCGCCUCCUCCUCUAAGCUCCCCACCGCAGCAAUAUGCCAAUCCACGUGUAUUUAAGGCAUCUCAUAGCUCGGCCUCUAUACUUUGAGCAGCAGCAGUCAUUCAUCACUGAUCACCAGCACAGCCGCGCAUCCACCGUUGCUAGCAAGGUCGAGCAAGCAGCACAGAGAUGGCUGCUGCCUUCUCCUCCACCGUCGGUGCCCCGGCUUCUACGCCGACCAACUUCCUCGGGAAGAAGCUCAAGAAGCAGGUGACCUCGGCCGUGAACUACCAUGGCAAGAGCUCCAAGGCCAACAGGUUCACGGUCAUGGCAGCGGAAAACAUCGACGAGAAGAGGAACACCGACAAGUGGAAGGGUCUUGCGUACGAUAUCUCCGACGACCAGCAGGACAUCACCAGAGGGAAGGGCAUCGUGGACUCCCUCUUCCAGGCGCCCACUGGCGACGGCACCCACGAGGCCGUCCUCAGCUCAUACGAGUACGUCAGCCAGGGACUCAAGAAGUACGACUUCGACAACACCAUGGGAGGCUUCUACAUCGCUCCUGCUUUCAUGGACAAGCUUGUUGUCCAUCUCUCCAAGAACUUCAUGACCCUGCCCAACAUCAAGAUCCCACUCAUCUUGGGUAUCUGGGGAGGCAAGGGUCAAGGAAAAUCCUUCCAGUGUGAGCUUGUCUUCGCCAAGAUGGGCAUCAACCCAAUCAUGAUGAGUGCCGGAGAGCUGGAGAGUGGCAACGCCGGAGAGCCAGCCAAGCUCAUCAGGCAGCGGUACCGUGAGGCUGCAGACAUGAUCAAGAAGGGUAAGAUGUGCUGCCUCUUCAUCAACGAUCUUGACGCCGGUGCGGGUAGGAUGGGCGGGACCACACAGUACACCGUCAACAACCAGAUGGUGAACGCCACCCUCAUGAACAUCGCCGAUGCCCCCACCAAUGUGCAGCUCCCAGGCAUGUACAACAAGGAGGAGAACCCACGUGUGCCCAUCGUCGUCACUGGUAACGAUUUCUCGACGUUGUACGCCCCUCUGAUCCGUGAUGGUCGUAUGGAGAAGUUCUACUGGGCUCCCACCCGCGACGACCGUAUCGGUGUCUGCAAGGGUAUCUUCCAGACCGACAAUGUCAGCGACGAGUCCGUCGUCAAGAUCGUCGACACCUUCCCAGGACAAUCCAUCGACUUUUUCGGUGCUCUGCGUGCUCGGGUGUACGACGACGAGGUGCGCAAGUGGGUGACCUCUACCGGUAUCGAGAACAUUGGCAAGAAGCUGGUGAACUCGCGGGACGGACCAGUGACCUUUGAGCAGCCAAAGAUGACAGUGGAGAAGCUGCUAGAGUACGGGCACAUGCUCGUCCAGGAGCAGGACAAUGUCAAGCGUGUGCAGCUUGCUGACACCUACAUGAGCCAGGCAGCUCUGGGUGAUGCUAACCAGGAUGCGAUGAAGACUGGUACCUUCUACGGUUAGAACAUUCUCCAUACACACCCACCAUCUCUUGCUGCAUAGGAGGAGGUAAAGGGGCACAGCAAGGUACUUUGCCUGUACCGGCAGGAUGCACCGACCAGACUGCCAAGAACUUCGACCCAACGGCGAGGAGUGACGACGGCAGCUGCCUUUACACCUUUUAAGCAUGCCAAUUUAAUAUCUGAUGUUUUAUCCUUUGUACCUAAGUACCGCAUCGCAUCCAAGCGAUUGCUGGGCAUGUUUUGUUAAUAUAUAAAGAUAUUGAGUAUACCUAUUUGGUAAAGACAAAUAGGACUACUUAUCAUUUGUCA